AUGAAGUAUGGUCCAAUUCAAAAAUUGCCGUCUUUAUUUCCCGAAGAUGAACAAAGUAGAAAAUUUUCAAGCUUUCAUUGUUAUCGCCGAAUGUCUAAUGGCGAUAAAAUUAAACGCACUUGGUUGGUGUACUCCAUUACGAAAGACACUGUAUUUUGCUUUUGCUGUAAGAUAUUUAGUCCGAAUAAAUUCUCCCUGUCAUCGCAUGACGGCUGCCGAGAUUGGAAAAAUAUUUCUGUUAUUAUUAAACGACAUGAAACAUCAAGUGGCCACACUACUGCAUAUCUAAAUUGGAGAGAUCUGGAGGUGAGACUUAAAUCAGGGGCUACGAUUGAUCACAUUAAUCAGAAAAUAAUUCAAUCUGAAACUCAACAUUGGCGACAAGUUCUUGCAAGAAUAAUAACGUUAAUUAGAACUCUUGCUGGACAAAAUCUAGCAUUAAGAGGAACAUGUGAAAAGCUUUUCGAACCGAAUAACGGAAAUUUUCUUAAAUUCAUUGAAUUCUUAGGAAAUUAUGAUCCUAUUAUGAGUAAACAUAUUCAACGAAUAACAACAAGUGAAAUUCACACCACCUAUCUCGGAAAAACUAUUCAAAAUGAAAUCGUUGAAUUGCUUGCUAAUAAAAUCAAAAAUGACAUCUUAGCAAAACUAGAGCGAGCAAAGUACUACUCACUUAUUUUAGACUGUACCCCCGAUAUAAGCCACAUGGAGCAGAUGACAGUUGUUUUUAGGUUUGUCAGUGCAACUGAAUCAUCUUCGGAAAAACCAGCUGAAGUCGUAGUUUCUGAACACUUCGUAACUUUUUUUGAAUUACAAGACACAACGGGAGCAAAUAUGACAAAAGUUGUUAUCGAUAAGUUGCUGGAAUUAGGCGUAAAUCUUGAUGACAUGAGGGGACAAGGGUACGAUAAUGGAGCCAACAUGCGCGGAAAAUAUAAUGGUGUGCAAGCCAGAAUUCGUCAACUAAAUCCUCGAGCUUUUUUCGUUCCUUGUAGUGCCCACUCGCUCAACUUGGUAUUGAACGAUGCAGCUAAUUGUUGUUUGGAGGCUGUCGCAUUCUUUGAUUUAAUUCAAGGCAUUUAUAACUUUUUCUCAGCAUCAACUCACCGUUGA